GCCGGUGGCGGCCAUGGCGGGCGGUCGGGCGGCGCGGCGGCUGUGGCGGCUCUGCAACCUCCUCAUGGCCGCUUUCUUCGGGCUGGCGGCCGCCGUGCAGGUGAACGACCCCGACGCCGGGCUGUGGACAGUUGUCUACUUAGUGCCAGCUGCCCUGACGCUGCUUGUCAGCGUUAAGCCUUCAAUAACAGAUAAUGGUGUUUGGAGGAGCCUCUGUGACCUUCAUUCUGCUGGUUGUAUUAUUGGGACCUUUGCCUUGGCUUGUUCUUUGUUUGCUUAUGCUCAAGGAAACAUUUUGCACGAAGAGGAAGGCAGAGAGUUGUUUGGUCUGGUGAUUAUUACAAUAUGGAUGAGUCUUUGUCGCAGUUCAGCAAAGAACCCACUGGGUGGAGUUCGCUUGAUUGCUGCAAUUGUGGUUGCCCUCUUCCCAUUUGUUUCGUGGCUGUACAUUUAUGUGAACAAAGAGAUGCGAGCAUCUUGGCCAACGCACUGUAAAACAGUGAUUUAAUUGGGUGGGAGAAAGUAUCGAAUAAAUAUUCUGACCUUACUUGCCUUUGCUUUUGGUUCUUAACAAAAGGUUAGUAUCAGUUUGAUAGGACCCAAGAAUGCCUGACUGAUUCCAGCAGUGCGGUUUGAGGUUUGUUAAAAAAACUGAGGAACACUGUCAAAUCUGAGCAGAGAAUUCUUCCAUGAAAACUGUUGUUCAGCUGGCUUCUUCAUACAUCUUCAAAGCACUGUUGAUCUAAUGUGUGUUCUAAUGGUAUAUUCAAGAUACCCUGGCAUCCUUGGAUCACUCUUCAACCACCUUGUACUUUGGGAAAUCUACUGUUCUGUAACAUAACAGAAAAGUAAAGCAAACACUUUCUUUCAAUAAAUGACUAUUUACAGCCAUAAAA